AUGACUCACCUGCGGACCAGUAACCUUCGCUACCGUGCUGCUCUCAAGCCAGAGUUUCUGGCUAAGAAACCUCCCCCGAUGUACAAUGCACUCUACUUCCUUGUAUCCUAUCUCCCUGUCUCCCUUCACCCCAUCCAAGACCAUUUCCUUUCUCUCGACCCUAGCGAGCUCACCCUAGCCUCGUUUGAGUCACUUCUCUUGGAGGCUAAGACCAGUGCCUACGCUGUAGCUGCUUCCCGUGGUACUCCUCGCACCUCCUUCUUUGAGGGGUGUGCUCCUUCCCUACUUGCACCCUCUGUCGCCCCUGCUGCUACUGUUGACUUCCUCGGUGCUGAGGUAGCCGGUGCUGCGUCCGCUCUUAGCGGGAGGCGCAACAAGGGUGGGCGCCAGAAGGGCAAGGGUUGUGGGGGUGGCGGCGGGGAUGGCGGUGGCAGGGGCGGUGGUGGUGGCGGUAGUAAGGGCGGUGGAGGUGGUGGUGGCCGGGGUGGUGGGGGUGGCGGGGGUGGGGGUGGGGGGGCGGGGGCGGUGGCGGCACUUUGGGUGGCGGAGGCGGCUUGGGUAGCAGUCGUGGUGGAGCCAGCUGGGGUGGAGGUCAGGGAGUUGCGUCUGGAUACACGGCUAGUGGGGGCGGAGGUUUUGGGGGUGGACAGCAGCAGCAGUCGCGUCGGUAGGAGACCCUCUCGCCGUAGCAGCUACGUGAGUGGGUGGUCCAACGAGGUGGUCCCGGAAGAGGAGGCCGCUGUACCUACGUCAGACGCACGGGACCCCACGCAGGAGACGUGGCAAGCCAGGCCAUGUCGAUGCUCGCUGCUUCUGCCGCCUCGAGGAUGCUUUUUCGCGAGGAGUUUGGUGAGAAGACCGAGAUGCGUAACUGGUUAG